AUGAUCAUCAUGGCUUUGCUGUUCCUCUCCGAACUUCGAAGUUAUCUUCAGGCAGAAAUCAUUGAUCAUAUCGUUGUAGAUACAACUCUGAACCAGAAACUUCCGAUAGGGCUGAACAUUACUUUUCCGCAUCUCCGGUGCGAUGAGGUGUCAGUUGACACGGUGGACUCCACCGGCGAGAACCAGGUUGACAUUGCCGGAACGCUGACGAAGUUGAACCUCGACUUGAGCGGUGCUCCGAGCAAGGGAGAUCCCGUGGCCGCACCGGGCGAGUGUUUCUCGUGUCUGGAAGCAAAGCCUGGGCCGGGUGAGGCGGAACUGUGCUGCAACACCUGUCAGCAACUCAAGGAAGCCUACCAGGAAAUGGGCAUUCCGUACUUCCACAUCCUUGACACGGCAAUGCAGUGCCGGAACAGCGUAGGAUGCCAAGUUCACGGGGACGUCCUCGUGUCCAAGGUCGGUGGAAACGUUCACGUCGCCCUUGGCAAGUCGACUAUCCGGGACGGCAAGCACGUGCAUGAGUUUAACCUGAAGGAUGUCAGUGACGGGUUCAACACGUCCCACAUCAUCCACAGACUCGAGUUCGGGCAGCGUGUCCCUGGUGUCGAGUCGCCACUGGAGGGCACGGCAAAAAUAGUCGUCAAGGGCGCGUACAUGUUCCACUACUACAUCAAGCUGGUUCCAACUCUUUUCGAGACUGGCAAUGGCAAGCCGCUGUACACACAUCAGUACUCCGUUACAGGCAAAGAGAAAGACGUCUUGGUGAGGCAAGGUGAGCUCGCGGGUCUUCCAGGGGUCUUCUUGGUGUACGAGUUUACACCCUUCAUGGUGCAGAAAACGGAAAAGGAUGUGCCGGUCACGCACUUCUUAAUCUCUGUGUGCGCCAUCAUCGGCGGUGUGUUUACUGUGGCGAGUCUCAUCGAUGCCAUCCUGUACCGCACGGUGAAGAAGCUUGGGAAACCGAAGUCAGUUGCCUGA